CUGAGAUGUAAAUAAAUGUAUGGUUAGAAUUUGACUUAAUGAUACUUUUAACUAAUGUUGUAUACUACAAUUGUACAAGUACCAUUGCCCGGUUAAUUUUUUCCUACCAAAAACCAUAAUGUAUGUAUGCUUUGCUAUCAAUAUUGACCUUUUGCCCAUAUGAUCAAUUCAACCUUCCUCUUUUGUUCCAUUACAUUGUGAUUUGUGUGCUCCCUCACAUAACCGCAGUCAGACUCAUCCACCAUCUUUUAUAUCAUCGAUUGAGAUCAUUGACAAUGUCUUGUUUCCACUUGGUUCUGCCACUAAUUCCCUUGCUAUUGCUUAUUUCUUCCUGUGAAGCAGAACAGAAGCUCAGCGCCCGAGAAUGCGAGACUCUAGGUUUCACGGGCCUUGCACUUUGCUCCGAUUGCCACACCUUCGCCGAGUACAUCAAAGAUCAAGAGCUGGUAUCCGACUGCUUAAAAUGUUGUGCAGAGGAUUCUGAUGAUGCUACAAGCAAGGUCAUUUACUCUGGGGCAAUUUUAGAGGUUUGCAUGAGGAAACUGGUUUUCUAUCCUGAGUUGGUCGGCUUUAUUGAGGAAGAGAAGGAUAAAUUCCCUUCAGUUAGAGUCCAAUAUGCCUUUAAUUCCCCACCAAAGUUGAUCAUGCUGGAUGAUGACGGACAACACAAGGAAACUAUCAGAGUCGAUAACUGGAAACGAGAACACAUACUACAGUUUCUGAAGGAGAAGGUUAAACCAUCAUCGGAUAUCUAAAUUUCAUUCAGCUGAUAAACUUUAUACAAGAUUAUUACAGCUUAUUGCAUGUCAUUUUCUUGCUUUGAAUGGUUACCCUUUUGAGAAAAGGCGCUGAAAAUGAGUACAAAAGGACUAGUUUGUGAACACUGAACAGUCACUAAUCACCAUUACAUUUGGGUUCUUUAGACCCAUUUUAGUUUUCAUUGUCAGUUUCAUAUCCCUAUUGAAUCUUGAUAUCCCAUCUAUUGUUUUAGUUUAAAUUUCCUAAAAUAUUUAUGUCUAAUUUGAUUCAAGUAAUGCUUAAACAUAUAAGAAAAGGGUUGC